CGAAGUAAGAUUGCUUUUCAUGCCUAUGAUCUUAUUUCUCCUCUCUUUCCGCUGGCAAUCGUGCUGAUUUCCCGGCAAGAAUUACCAACAGAAUAACAAAUGACACGCGCACACUCAUCAUUGUAAAGAGACACAUACGCACGCAUUUUAUCAAUUAUCUCAGAUCCAUGUGUAAUAAUAAUAUUAAUCACAGUUUCAUAACUAGAUCCUUGUCAUGCAAUGUUGCAUUCUUUCCACUUUUAAAUAUAAGAAGAAAAACUUAAAUCUUGUCUCGCUAUCCCUCUCUCUCUCUGCAACCAAUGACGUUCUUUAGCAGUAUUUCCGUGCUAAUUAAAUCGUAUUCCUUUUUAGUGUUGAUAGACGGGGAAGAGAAAGUUUUAGUUGGUGCUAACGACGAAAUAAGGGGAAAAUGAAUCUAGGGAAAUGAUGGGGGAGAUAUAUAAAACAUUGUUGAAAAGCAAUAACGCGAUCAGUCAGAUCAAAUGAAAGUAGUAAGGCUCCUCCCGUAUUGAAGGUUGUGAAAAUCCUUCCUACAAUGUAAUACUGUGUGGAAUAUCAUUUUAGGUCGUUUGACCUUAGCUUUACACCAGCAAUAAUGACUUCAAGCUUUUUACUUUAAAUGUCUUGGAAGUUUUAAAGCGAAAUCGUGUUGAAUUCCUUUUUGCUCUUUCCCCAAAGCUUUUUAUAUAAAUAUAAUAAACUGUUAACAUUUUCUCUGUGAAAUUCUGCCAGUUUUGCCUUGUUUGAUCAAGAGUAUUGUUGUGAAAGGACUUAAUAUCCGCUGAAAUCGUUGAAAUCCAGGAUCCACUAACGUGUUGGAAAGAAAGACUGAUAAAAAAAGAAAAGAAGGCGGAAAUAUUAAGAACCAUCGUGUGUUUCUAAAGUAGAAUAUUGUAACGAAACUAAAACAAUGUGCCUAAAUGUUAGCUGAAUAUAUAUAAAACUAGCUAAGGAACGUUGUCUUGCAUGAGAUGCGGGAGGGCUCUACUAUGUUUGUGUUUCAAGAACAAGCUGUGUUAUGGGUGGGGCCACUUUUUAGUUGAUAUUUUGUGAUAUUUUCUUUUAUAAGACGACACAAUUAAGAUAAACCAGAAAGAGAAAUAGAGGGAGAAGUGUAGAUACUAUUUAAGAAUAACAAACAGACAAAGCAAACUUGUGGGAAGUGAAACGCAUCGUCAUGCCCCGGUUAUACAAAAGAAAAACUUUGAAAACUUUUUCUGAAGAUGAUCUGAGGGAUGCUAUAAAUUGUUAUAAAAACGGAGGUAAAGGUGUGACUUUUCGAUCAGUUGCUCGGAAGUUUGGUGUACCAAGAUCCACGUUAGAAAGAUGGGUUAACAAACGCGAAAGUGCUCAUUUUCGAUCGGGCCGUGAUACAGUCCUGUCAACAGAAAUCGAAGAAUAUUUAAUAGAGGCACUCUUAUAUCUGAGUGACCUCGGCUGGACGUUGGAUAAUGAACAACUGAAACUUAUCGUGAAAAGUUAUCUCGAUUCCAUGGAUCUGCAAACGGUUUUCAAAAAUAAUAUACCUGGAGACGACUGGCUUCACCAUUUCAUGAAUCGCUGGAAAGACAGAUUAACUUUGAGGAAUCCAGAUUAUGUAAAUAAUGCAAAAGUUAGAGAACUCACCGAUGCAGUUAUCGAUGGCUUUUUUCAAAUGUUGACUCAGUUGGUUAAUCAACUGGGAAUAACAGAUUUACCAGAACGAUUUUACAAUUUAAAUGAAACGGGACUUAAUCUCGACCCCAAAAAGAAAAAAGCUUUUCAUCACCGUGGCAUUAAGAACGGUCAGUAUGUGAUGCCAUCGGUGGGUAAGACACUUUACACAGUUUUAUUUUGUGGCAAUGCUGAGGGAGAGUAUCUGCCUCCCUACGUUAUUUACAAAGGUAAAUACCUGUACGAUACGUGGAUGAUGGGUGGCCCUGCUGGGACAACAUACAACAUUACAGAAACUGGUUGGAUGGAUGAUUAUGUUUUUGAAAACUGGGUGACACAGACAUUUUUGCCUUUUGUAAAAAAUAGGGAGAAACCAAUAAUUGUGUUCUUUGAUGGCAAUGGCUCACAUAUUACCUAUCAAACAGCUUCAAAAGCCAGGAAUGCUGGGGUACAUCUUGUUUGCUUACCUCCACAUUCCUCAGGUGCUCUGCAACCUCUUGAGAUUUCUGUGUAUGGACCUGCCAAAAAAGUGUGGCAUAGGAUUCUGCAGACAUACUAUAAGGAGUCUAGUCUGAAAUCGGUCCAAAAGCUUGUUUUUCCUUCUCUUUUGAAACGCUUCUUUGACGAAGCAUUCCUCGCUCGUAAAGAUAAUCUCAUCCAUGGAUUUCGUAAGUCUGGUUUUUGUCCUUUGGAUGCACAUAAGGGUAAGCUACUUUCUUCUAAAAACUUAGAUAGAUCGGAGAGAGAUGCUGGUCCGUCUGGUCUCCAAUCAAAAGAAGAUACUGAAGCAGUAACAGGGGCUGCAUCAAAUUCUAAAACAAAAGCCAAAAAGUCUUCUCGGUCUUCUGUUUCCUCGGAAGAGAAAGCAAAGACUGUGAAGAAACCUUCAAAACGUCAGAAAAGAAGCUUACAAAGUGAUGACAAGCCACCACCAAACAAAGAACAAAAGAAAAAUGUACAAGAAAAUAAUGAAUCUGCACUAAUUAAAGAAGCAAUUCUCAAAUUACAGCCUAAAAUGAAGCGGAAGAAUAAAAAUAAAUCUAAAAAGAAGUCACCAACAGCAAAUAAAACUAAUAAUAACAACAAGGAAGAAGAAAAAAUUGAUGAUAGUAUUUGUUAUAUCUGCCUGGAAGAAGACCCUGAAACUGACCAGGAAGAUAUCAAUUGGGUUGGUUGUGACAAUUGCCCCAGAUGGUUCCACGUGUCUUGUGUGGAUGGCAGCGACAACCCCUGCAAACUUUGUUCCUGAAACUUCCCACGUGUAAAACUGAAAUCAAAAAAUGUUGACUUGUUCAAAAAAAAAAA